AUGCAGGAGCAAGAAAUAAACUCCCAAGAGCUGUUUCUGGAACUAAAAGGCAUAUGUGUCCCUUUGCUUUCGCAUUCGCGUCUCGCGGCUGGAAAAAUCCCCGAGGUCUUGGAACUUCUAUCCGCUCUGUCAGAACGCCUUCAGAAACUACAUCACGAUCAGGUUUGGCUCAAGCCUGCGCUUCUAUCAUAUGCAUUCUUCCCUCUGCAAACUAUUCUCGGCCGUAAUGAUAGUUCUAAAGUUCCAGAUCAAGUACUGGAAAAGAUCUUUGAGGUAUUCGAGCUCCUGUUCCGUUGGUGGUGGUGGACAUGCGAGGAGAGCAUCUGGGAGCAACUACUCAUGCUUUGUGGAUCCAUCCUAGGGGGAUUGGAUGUCAAAGGAAAGAGGAAGGAGAGAGACGAUGAGACGAAAGAUGCGGUUGUCAGACUUAUCUUAUGUCUCUUGAAAGACCGGUCAUCGGACGUAACAGACACUGGAAGCCCUGACGACAUUCGAAAUGUUCCUAACGCAGAAACGCGGCUGUACGAUUUUCAGACACACGCGCGGACGGGUAAACUUGUACCAGUUCUUGGACAGAUGUUGAACGCACUGCUCGACACUGCAAUAUCUCGGCAUUUACCCCUCCAGUUACACUCUAUUGAGGCUCUUCAAAUUAUAAUAUCGAUAUACGUUCCAAAUAAUGUCGUCCCAUCCAUACUUCCUGGAGUCAUAAGUUCCGCAACUCGUAUUGCUCUGGGAAGGACGAACAGUAUGGUAAAUGGCAAGGGCUGGGUCAAUGGUGCCGUAGUCUCGGCAGCUCUCCGUCUUAUGGAUGUAUCGAUCGUUCGUGCUAUCGGUGAUGAACCGUGCAUGGCCGCUGGGGUAGUCAAAGAGUUCAAUGGGCUUGAAGACCUCACGGAACUCGUGAGCGGAGGUGCAAUGGAAGGUUCAAUAUCGCAACCCAACACGUCUUCCGAAAAGCCUUAUGAAACGACACGUUCAGCGUCUUGGUUGCAUGCAACUUCGUCCCAAUUGCUGAUGGCAUUGAACUCAUUAACACCUUUGGUCUCUCAUCCAACUCCUGCUGCACUAUCAGCACUCGCGUCUAUUUCCCAAUCCCUUCUGUCCAAAGCCCGACUCACUCUGCCAGAGAGUCGUCCUCUCCUCCUCUCAUUCCUCCUUUCACUCUCCCACUCACGCUGUCCCUCCGUUUCUGGAAAUGCUAUCCGUGCUCUAUCCGUGCUUCUGAGUCCUUCAGAGAAAGGCAGUCAUGUACUUCUCCAAACGCUAUUGCAGCUUACUGCAGACAAUCUUUCUGCACUUCCACUUCUCCUUCCGACUCAAGCAGAUGCACGGAUAAUUCACGUUGCAGGUCAGAUCGAGGCCGCAUGUCGUCUUAGUCCUGCUGGCGCCGGUGUUGGACGACUGUUGGGACCGACUGGUCAUAUAGAAAAGUGGGGGUGGCGUCUACUCUCCGUGCUUGAUUUUGCACCCCCUCCUGCAACAAUCAUCGGAUCCGGAGCAAUAGGCCUGCUUGAGGGCAGCUCAGAUGAACGGAUUGUGUUUCCUAUGGCAACGUUGACUAAUGUCGCGACACGCGAAACCCAUGUCUCGCUGGAACGAAUGCUACGUGCUCUUGGUUCUGCAGGCGGCGAAACCUGUUUGUUUGCUGUUGAAUGGUUUAUACGCGUCGGGACCGCCGGUCAGGGCGAUGGAAGUAAUGUAGCUGCUUUUUGGUGUGCAUCUAGAAUACUAGAAGGCAUAGUUGGCAUCUCAUUGGACGAAGACGACGAGGCUGUCCCCAACUCUACGCAAAGGGUACUGCAACACCGUAGAGUCGAGAAGUUCGCUCGUUGGCUGACGAAAAUUGUCUCUGAACUGUGGGACAAAGACGAGGAAGAACCAGAGCCCGGAAACGAGCAAAAAAAUGCGACGGGAUUAGAUGCGGACGAGGAUCGACCAGUCAUUGAAUUUGUGAAAGGCCUUGAACCCCUUCAAACGCGGUUUGAUCUCCGGUCCUCAUCGAAUAAAUCUGCUACUCGGAGAUCGCAACCCAUACUCCACAAAUCGUUUGCCCUUCAACUUAUGGCUGUCUCUGCUUCUAUCCUUCACUCACGGUUCUCUACUCUCCUCAUACAUGCUCUUUACCCAAUCCUUCACUCCCUGGUUCAACCAUCUGCAUAUCUUGCCGGUACAGCGCAAGCAACUCUGCAAUACGCGACUCGUGCCGUCGGAAGCGCUACUCCAGGCAAUUUACUGCUCUCAAAUUUUGACUAUGCGUUAGACUCGGUUUCGCGCCGGCUGACUCGACGUCAUUUGGACAUAGAUGCAGCUCGUGUCCUCGUCGUCCUUAUUCGCCUCAUUGGGCGGGAUGUCGUUCAACGCGCGAGCGAUGUCGUCGAAGAGUGCUUUGACCGCUUAGACGACUUCCACGGCUAUGCUAUUGUUGUUGAAGGUCUUGUUGAGGCACUUCAGGAGGUUGUCAAGGUCAUAGAGGGAGAAGAGCUCCCUCAGCAUAAUGAAGACUCGAAACCGGUUGAGCAUGGGAAUGUGUCAGAUGCAGAGCAUUUUGACAGGUUCCUCAAGUGGAUCGAACAUCGUAAUGACCCGCCAGAGCAAGUUGAAGGAGAGGAUAUUGGGCCAGUCCCCAAAGGACCGCUGGGUAAAGGCAAAACGAAGGAAAUGACAGCAGAAGAGGAAGAGGAAGAGAAACGAUUAUUGAACGAACCAAGCGCCCUCGACGAGCCUCCACCAACACCAACUCAAACACUCACCUCCCAGAUCGUCUCACGUUCCAUUACUCUUUUGACUCACGGUUCGUCUUCCAUUCGUACUCGUAUUCUUACCCUCCUGGCUAGUGCAGCGCCAGUGCUCCCUGCUUCAUCGCUUCUUCCGGCUGUACAUCGCGCAUGGCCGUUCGUCAUAAACCGUCUAAGCGAACCAGAGACAUCCGUAGCCGCUGCGGCUGCUUCUUUCGUUGCUGCCCUCGCUCAUGCACAUGGCUCAUUCAUGACACAGCGCAUUUGGGAUGAUGUUUGGCCUCUAUUCCAUCGGACUCUGAAACGACUCGACGCUGCAGACGAGCAAAGUGCUCUCGCGCGUCGAACUGCAAACGUCGGUGUUAUUGGGACGCAGUCAGCGUAUACACAUUCGCAUCGACUAUACCGGGCAAUGAUCGGUUCUAUGACAGCUGCUGUACGCGGUGGGAUACAAGUACAGGAUCAACGUGCGUGGGACGUCCUCCUUGCAUUCCGUCGAUUUCUGUCAAAGAGUGCGCACGAGGAACUGCAAACCGCAGCGCGAGAGUUAUACAUUGCAUUUGGAGAGAAUAACGAGGAUACCGUUUGGCUCGUGCUCACUUCGACCGCAGCGACGCCUGAUGUCCCGCACCUUGGGCACUUAGCUCAGACGAAAUGGGAUACUCAGAGUAACGUAGAUAUUAUCUUCUUAGUAUUGGAGAGCAGGUAACAAGAGAGGUAUAGUAUGUAAACGUCAAAUUCUAUGUAGCAUAGAGUUGUU